GGCAUCAGCCUGUCUGCUCUCUGCCUAAGCCCUCCCGCCAACCAUGGUGGGUCCCUGCCUUCUCAUAUCUCCCCGUCUGAGAAUCAAAGAGUGCAAUCCUCUUACAGGCCCGUGAUUUAUCAGCGUGGCUCCCUCUAAGGGCUCUAAGUCAGAUUCCUUAUGAUCUGCUGAUUGUGGGAACAUGGCAAGGUCUGUUUAAAGGGGCUUGGCUAGGCUGGGCCCCUGCGGCUGACAGAGAGAAAGUGGCUGGGAAGAAAGCAGCACCCUGCUUGGAAAAUGAAGGCGCUUCUGCUGCUGGUCCUCCCCUGGCUCAGCCCUGCCAAUUACAUUGACAAUGUGGGCAACCUCCACUUCCUGUACUCAGAACUCUGUAAAGGCGCCUCCCACUAUGGGCUGACCAAAGACAGGAAGAGGCGUUCUCAAGAUGGCUGUCCAGACGGCUGUGCGAGCCUCACAGCAACAGCACUCUCCCCAGAGAUUUCUGCAGCUGCCACCAUCGCCUUAAUGACGGAUGAGCCUGGCCUAGACAACCCUGCCUACGUGUCCACAGCAGAGGAUGGUCAGCCAGCAAACAGCCCAUUGGACUCUGGCCGGAGCAACCGAACUAGGACACGGCCCUUUGAGCGAUCCACUAUCAGAAGCAGAUCUUUUAAAAAAAUAAAUCGAGCUUUGAGCGUCCUUCGAAGGACGAAGAGUGGAAGUGCAGUUGCCAACCAAGCUGACCAGGGCAGAGAAAAUUCUGAAAACACCACUGCCCCUGAAGUCUUUCCAAGGUUGUAUCACCUGAUUCCAGAUGGUGAAAUUACCAGCAUCAAGAUCAAUCGAGUGGAUCCCAAUGAAAACCUCUCCAUUAGGCUUGUGGGAGGCAGAGAAACCCCACUGGUCCAUAUCAUUAUUCAACAUAUUUAUCGUGAUGGGGCAAUUGCCAGAGACGGCCGACUACUGCCAGGAGACAUCAUACUAAAGGUCAACGGGAUGGACAUCAGCAAUGUACCUCACAGCUACGCCCUGCGCCUUCUGCGGCAGCCCUGCCAAGUGCUGCGGCUGACAGUGCUGCGGGAGCAGAAGUUCCGAAGCAGGAACAAUGGACAGGCACUGGACACCUAUGGACCUCGGGAUGACAGUUUCCAUGUGAUUCUCAACAAGAGCAGCCCUGAGGAACAGCUUGGAAUAAAACUAGUGCGCAAGGUGGAUGAACCUGGGGUGUUCAUUUUCAACGUGUUGGAUGGUGGUAUGGCGGACCGACAUGGUCAGCUGGAGGAGAACGAUCGUGUGUUAGCCAUCAAUGGACAUGACCUUCGAUACGGCAGCCCAGAAAGUGCAGCUCAUCUGAUUCAGGCCAGUGAAAGGCGUGUCCACCUCGUCGUGUCCCGCCAGGUUCGUCAGCAGAGUCCUGACAUCUUUCAGGAAGGUAGCUGGAACAGCAACGGCAGCCAGUCCCCAGGGCCAGGGGACAGGAGCAACACUCCCAAGCUCCUCCAUCCAGCAGUCACUUGUCAUGAGAAGGUGGUAAGUGUCCAAAAAGACCCCAGCGAAUCUCUCGGCAUGACCGUUGCAGGGGGAACGUCACAUAGGGAGUGGGAUUUGCCCAUCUAUGUCAUCAGUGUUGAGCCCGGAGGAGUCAUAAGCAGAGAUGGAAGAAUAAAAACAGGUGACAUUUUGUUGAAUGUGAAUGGGAUUGAGCUAACAGAGGUCAGCCGGAGUGAGGCAGUUGCAUUAUUGAAGAGCACAUCCUCCUCGGUGGUACUUAAAGCUUUGGAAGUCAAAGAACGUGAGGGCCAGGAAGACUGCAGCAGCCCAGCAGCCCUGGACUACUCCAACCACAACACAGCCCCACCUGGCGACUGGUCCCCUUCCUGGGUCAUGUGGCUGGAAUUACCACGUCUCUUGUCAGAUAACCGAUCAUGGAUCCUCUGGAAAAUGCCACUGAAUGCUUGUAAGAAAAUGAGUGAAAAAGGCAAAUAACACCUUACUAUUAUGGUAAGAAUGCUUUUUUGACUUCCAGACUCCCUGAAAGGCACAUACUUUGACAACCACACUUUGAUAGUGUAGGAGCUCAGUGAAAUAUUGAGGUCCACUGAGAAGGGGGCUGAGAAAAAGGGAGCACAUGAAGGAGACUGAGAAGGAACAGCCAGUGAAAGAACAGAAAAACAUAUGGCUUCUUGGGCAACCCAAGAGUUCAUCUUAACUCAUUAACUCCUUUCAAUGGAGUUUAAAUUAUUUUUGAGUUAACAUAAUUUUCUCAUUGGGAAGAAUUACCAAACUCCUUGCUAUUCUUUAUACUAUGCCAAAUCUUCAAUUAGGCCUAAAUUUAGAGAAUUCAGAAUAGGUAAAAAAAAAAAAAACAAAAAAACUCACAUUUAAAUUUAGAGUUUAGUCACUUAAUAGCGCAAAGGUAAAUCCUCAAUAUCACUGAGCAAAGACAGCUGCCACAUUUCCCAAUGGCAAGUAAAGUAACUCAACUUAAGAAAAAAAUGCCCCAAUACUCAUCAGUCCCAACUAACCAAGGUCUGAUUUUGAAAGCGUUUACGAUAAUGAGUUCUUGCUGCUACAAUGACAUUAAGAUACUCAACUGAAGCAAAGCACUUAAUGAAAUAAAAUUAGUAACACUGAUAUCCACUUGAACGUAUGCUACGGAGGGCAGGGGUUCUGUCUCGUUCACUGACAAAGCCCACGUGCCUACAACAGUAACAUGAACAUCAGUAAACAUCUGCUGAAAGAUGACCCAAGCAGAUUUUCUCACCACUAUCAAAACAAGAGUCUAGGAACACAGACAUACUUGUAACUUAAUGUCAUGUUGCAAAUUUUAUAUUGGAAUAUCUAAGUUUUAGAUAGUUAUGUUUACAGCUUCUCCUCAUGAAAUAAAAUUAGUUAAGAGUCAAUGUAAGGUCCAAGGUAAUACUUAAUGAAAAAACUCAAUGGUCAAAAGAAGAAAUACUUAGUUUCAAGUAUUUGCUCUAUGUACCCAUUUAGAUGUUUUAAUGAAUCAUGACUAGAAAACAUGAAAACAGAUAUUUGAUCAUGACCUUGGGUAAUAGUCACCCAUUUGUUCACCUGCUUUCCCUCAAAUAUUGGGCACAGGUGAGAAUGUAAUGCUCUGGUGUUUGGGGAACAGCUAAUUACUUGCUUUGUACAUGAGCAGUCAGUGAACCAUUACGUAAAUGUGGGGUCUAACACAUCACAGCUCCAAAAGGAUGAAUUUACUACUGACACCGCCUUACUGUGAAAUACAGCAGAUGAAUAUUUUACAAUAAAAACCUAGUUAUGCUGUUUCAUUUCAGCUAUGUCAGUGAAAGAAAUUGAUUAUUGUAAAUGAUGUUUAUGUAUGACAACGGAUACAAAACAAAAUUGAGUAGAGUUGAAUUUUAGCACUACAUUUUAAAGGUAUCCACCAAACAAACCCAAAGCUUAUUUUAUUUCAAGCGGG